UGUUAUCAUUAUUCGGUUUUUAUUUGGUUAAUAAAAUGAACGAUGCUGUUUGCUACAAAUAAAUUCACAAUUUCUAUUUAAUUUAAACUUACAAUUUAUUAUUAUAAUUGUGAGAUUGUGUGUGUGAUGUAAUUACACUUUUAGUUUAUUGUUCCGCGUUUUACCUAGACUCUAUUCUUUACCAUAAGAAAUUGAACUAUGGAAUAAUUCGUAACCGGAAUACAUUAUAAAAGUGCAAUAUGGAAGCGCUUUCUAAAGAAUUAGUAGAUAAAAUUGCACUAGAAUGUAUAGAAUUAUAUAGAAAGGUACCGAAAAUUGGUAAACCCGCCGCAGGAGAAUGGAACGUUUUAUCCAGCGUCGUACGGUUAAAUACAGAAACUCAAAAGUUCGAUGUUGUAUCAUUAGGUACUGGUUCGAAAUGUAUUGGAGCCACAAAAAUGUCACCCGAAGGGGUUAAAGUCCAUGAUAGUCAUGCUGAAGUGUUUGCAAGAAGAGGAUUUAUGUUAUACAUUUAUAAAAACCUAGAAAUGGCAAUAACAUCACCAGAGGAGAGUAUAUUUAUAAAAGAAAAUGGAAAAUUUCGAUUGAAAGAAAAUAUUCAAUUUAUAUUUUAUUCAUCCCAAAUGCCUUGUGGAGAUGCUUCUAUUAUUCCUAAAUCAAAUGACAAUAACCAUGGAAACGUUGUAACUUCACGUAAACGUGAAGCCGAGGAUGGUCACGAUGAGGAAGAACGUAAAAUAUUAAAGAGUGAUGAUAUAGAUGAUAUUCAUAGGACUGGAGCAAAAUGCUUGCCACACAAUGAACAGGAUCCUAAGGAGCCGGGUGCAAAGUAUCACUUGCUAGGUCAGGUUCGGACUAAACCAGGAUUAGGUGACCGAACUCUUUCUGUAUCAUGUAGUGACAAAAUUGCUAGAUGGAUUCAUGUUGGCAUCCAAGGAGCACUUUUGGACAUGCUGCUAACUGAACCUAUUUAUAUCAAACAUUUUAUCUUUGGCGGUGGAGUACCAUACUCUAAAGAAUCACUCACUCGGGCUUUUCUGAACAGAAAUGGCGAGGAACAGAUAACAGUACCUGUUAUUCCAUAUAUUUAUCAAGCUACAGCAAUUUUUUAUUAUAUGAAAAGUGAACAGAGAGCUCGGCCUGCUCACACUAGUAUUUUAGUAUUUAAUUUUGGUCUGGUUGAGGUUGCAGUCCAUGGUAAAAGGAUAGGUGUAACAAAGAAAAUGGAAAGAACAAGGAGAAUCGCGUUAAGCAUAUCGAAAUAUUAUUUGUAUAGAAGAUUCUUAUUUCUAUUUCAACUUGAUCCAAGUUUAAAAGAAAAAUAUGCACUCGAUAAACUAGAGUGUAUACCAUAUAACGUUAUGAAAAGGAAAUCUCAACGUUAUUAUGAAAACUGGCAUAAAGCGAAAGAAAAUUUCUUUAAAUCUUGGACAGUUAAACCGGAUAUGUGGUCUUUCUGUAUAACAGAAGACGAGUUAGCGGUAAAUGUUAUUGAGCUAAACAAAAUGAUUCAUUAUACGGAUCCCAGAAGAAGCAUAAUGAUCCCAAAUUUUGACACACCUAUUGUUUUCUAAAGGUGUUUAUUACUGUAGAUUUAUUAAAUCUAAUAAGAGCAUCUAAGUAACAUGACUUUGAGAUUUGCUAA